GGCACUAGCCCCGGAACACGUGUUUCCCGAUGUAUGUGCCUGAGGCAUCAAAAUUACAGUGUGGCGGGUGCUCCUAGCCUCCUGUUCUCUCCAGCCACACCCACGGUGGCUCAAGCACGGAGCUCCAGAGGCUCCAGAGGCUCCCGGCGGACUAACCAACAACAGCUUCCCUCUUCAUCGUCAUCACGUCUUCCCUUCAUUCUCAUCUCCAUCCCCCUCCCAGUCCCCUUGCUGAUCCUACAACAAAUCCCCUCACGUUUCUCUCACAUCCGGACUAUCCCCUCCUACCCGCCCUAUCUCCUCUGGUGACACCUCGUCCCGUGUGCCUUCUGUCUCCGCCAUGCCUGCCACCACGGCGGACACCCUCUCCCUCGUUCAGCGGACCGUCACGGUCGCUCCCUUAGUUCUUCUCUCCGUCGCAGAUCACUACGGCCGCUCGGCCAAGGGCACCCGGAAACGUGUGGUUGGUGUACUGCUGGGUGAGAACUCGGGCCAGAAUGUUCGGGUGUCAAACAGCUUUGCGGUACCUUUUGAGGAGGAUGAAAAGGAUCCCUCCGUCUGGUUCCUAGAUCACAACUUCGUGGAGUCGAUGAGAGACAUGUUCAAGAAGAUCAAUGCUCGUGAGAAGCUGGUCGGAUGGUAUCACUCGGGCCCAAAGCUGCGGGCCUCAGACCUGGAAAUCAACGAGCUUUUCAAGCGAUACACACCUAACCCUUUGCUGGUGAUCGUGGACGUCCAACCAAAGGAGGUUGGCGUUCCUACAGAUGCCUACUUUGCUGUGGAUGAGAUCAAGGAUGAUGGCACCACAACAUCAAAGACAUUCGUCCACACCCCGUCCAUAAUUGAAGCUGAGGAAGCAGAGGAAAUUGGAGUGGAACACCUUCUCCGCGACAUCAGGGACGUCGCUGUCGGAACCCUGUCCACUCGCAUAACAUCGCAGCUACAGUCGCUGCAGGGCCUGCAUCUGCGUUUGCGGGAUAUCGGCCAGUACCUGCAGAAGGUCCUUGACCACGAAUUACCAGUCAACCACGCCAUUUUAGGCAAUCUCCAGGACGUCUUCAACCUUCUUCCCAACCUUUCCACACCCGCCGCGACACCGCGCAUUAGUGGCACGUCGGAACAGCCGACGGAGAACAGCGAGCUCGCGCGGGCCAUGAGCAUCAAGACCAACGAUCAAUUAAUGGCGAUCUACUUGAGCAGCUUGAUCCGUGCUAUCACCGCCUUCCAUGACUUGAUCGAGAACAAGAUCCAGAACCGACAGCAACAAGAAGAGAAUGAGUUGAAGAGGGAACAGGAGGCCAACGCGGCCAAGACCGAGAAGGAGGCCGCGAAGAAGGCCAGUGGCGCGGUCAACGGGGAGCAGAAGGAGGAGCAAGACAAGGAGAAGUCCAAGAAAAAGGGUCAGCGGGGUGACUAGAGGAUCAGGGACUCAAUGCGAUACGAACAUUCUAGAACAAUUCAGUCUCUAUAUCGAAUGUAUAGUACGGUAAUCUCUACGCGGCCGAUGACUCCCAGG